GCAGAGGAUUCGUAUGGCUCCUCGGAAGAUGAAAGUGAUGGGUAUGUCCAGGAAAGGACUGCAAAGACAAAACGACGACCUGUCAGGAGACAGAGCGGGGCGGAUGCUGCGAGGCGCAAGAGAAAGAGAAAGGAGAUCACAGAGGAGGAUUUAAUGGAUAUGCCUCCUGAGAAGGCGAAUAAACUCAGACUGGACAUGCAAUUUGAUGCGAUUUUGAAACCCAAAAAGGCUGCUAGACAAAAGAAACGCAAAAAGGAUGCCGAGGAAGAGGUAUUGGACAGGUUUGCGGACGAGGAGGUGUCGAGGCUGAGAGAAGCGAUGUUGGCUGCCGCUGCGGAUGACGAGCAGUCCAACAGGGAAAAACUGCCGGCUACAAACAAGUUGAGGCUGCUACCACAGGUCAUGGAAGUGCUGAGAAAACAAUCGCUAUCUCAGUCUAUUAUCGAUAAUAACUUACUCGAGGGCGUGCGCCGGUGGCUCGAGCCUCUUCCGGACCGGUCACUGCCAGGUCUUAACAUUCAACGGGAUUUCUUCCCAAUUAUAAAAAAAAUGGAAUUCAUUGACAGUGCAGUGUUGAAGGAGUCAGGAUUGGGAAGGAUAGUGUUGUUCUAUACAAAAUGCAAAAGGGUAACGGCGGACGUGCAGCGGAUUGCUAAUGAUCUGAUAUCGACGUGGUCCAGGCCUAUCAUCAAACGCAGUGCUUCUUACCGGGACAGGAUCGUGCCGAUGGUGCAGGGAGAGGGCGGGGAAGGGGGUGGGCGACAUGGGGGAGAGAGACUGAAUGCGAUAUUGGCAAGAGCCAAGGAGACGGAGAAGAAUAGGAUCAGGAAGAACGCGGUGAUGAUACCGCAGCGCGAGUUCGGGGACUAUACUGUUGCGCCGAGGAUGAACGCGGGGAUUAUGAAGAAUGACAAGACCAGUAGCGUGGACAUGGACGUUGAGAGGAGGAGAAAGAAUGCGGAGAGGCUGAGGAGUUUGACGAGGAAGGUUGCGAUGAAAUAGGGAGCGGGUGUACGUGCCGGAUGUAGGCUCUUCUGAGACAUGGUUAACGUUGUCGAAGCUACGAUGUAUGAAUGGUUUAUUCUAGUAUUGGAAGUCUGAGUGGCUUUCU